AAUGCUGGAGCAACUCAGCGGGGCAGGCAGCACCUCUGGAAACAAAGAAUGGAUGACUUUUUGGGAUACAAGACGUUGUCAUUCCGAUUUGCUUUCUGGUCUCUCUGUAGCGAGAAGUGAGAAUGUGUGAGCGGGAAGGAGAGAUUAGACAGAAGCUCGGGAUAGAGGGAACUUAACACUGAGGCCAAGCUAUAGCAGGGUGUGGAUAUUUCCUGGCUCAGAAUGGGCAGCAGGAAGCGUGGGCAUCAGGAAACCUCACGCCACUCCUCGAGUAAGAGUGCUCGUGGAUCCGAUGGGAGCGGAUACCGUGCCCGUAUCUCUCCGGAACUGCUCUCCCACAGCCUCUCCGUGCUGGAGAAGCGGCUGCACGCCCACUCUCCCGUGAUGCUGCUGCUGCAGGAAGAGCUGCUGCCGGCCCUCGACGGCGCGGAGCUGAGGCGCCCGGACGCGGGGCUCCUGAUCCGGGGCCUGGUGGUGGCGGGGGACGAGGCCCGAGGGGAAGAGGAGGCCCUCUCUCUCCUCCGGCCGCUGCUCACCUCCGACUUCCUGACGGGGACCCUGCUCCGCUUCUUGGUCGGGCUGGGCCAGGGCGACAGAGAGGCCGUGGGAGAGGUGGCGGCCCUCUUGCUGCGGCUGACGCUGGCCUUCCCCCAGGCCGUUGAGCCCCUCGUCCACCUGCCGGCCGACUUGCUGCAGACCCGCCUGCACAGGCUGGGCCUCGAGCUUCCUUGGCCCACCAGGAAGCAUCUGCACGACCUGAGGCGGGCCGUGGACCAAGCCUUCCCGCAAGGCCGAGACUGGGCGAGGGAGCUCACCUUCAGCGAGGAGAGGCCUAAGGAUAUCACGGUCGUCCCCGUCUUCCCCACCUCUGAGGAACUGCUGGGCUCUCCGGACCCCUGGCUGAAGCCCAAUGUGGUGGAUGGGGCCUACCAUGGCAACCAGGCCGACCAUGGCAACCAGACUGACCUUGGCAACCGGGCCCACCAAAGCAACCAGGCCUAUCAUAGCAACCAGGCCUACCAUAGCAACCGGGCCUACCUGGACACCCACUUCCGCCUCCUGCGGGAGGACAUGGUGAAGCCACUGAGGGAGAAUUUAGCUGCUUGCUUGACUCCGGCAGGCCGCCCCCACCAGCUGAACGGUGGGGCCAAGGUGUACAGGGACGUGCGGGUCCUCUACCCAGACUGCCAGCGGGACGGAGUCGUCUACAAGGUCAGCUUUGAUGCCGGGGUCUUUGGCCGCGGACCUCGGCUUCCCGCCAAGCACCUGGCCAAAGGCUCCAUGGUGUGCCUGUGGGCGCCGCGCUGCCCGGAGGUUUUCCCCGCCCUGGUGGCCAAGCAGGAUGAGGAGCAGCUGGCCGCGGGCCGCCUGUUGCUCCGCUUCGAGGCCGCGGCACACCCCAGCCUCUCCCGCCACCUCUACACGCACUCCUUCUUCAUGGUGGAGUCGCCGUCCUGCCCGGAGGCCCACCGCCACGUCCUGCGGGGCCUGCAGGAGGCCGACCCCGGCUGCCUCCCCUUCCAACGCUACGUGGUUAUGUGCAACGGCCGUGUGAGGCCGCCGAGGUACCUCCAGACCCGAGGCACCGGCCUGGACAUGCGGCCUCUCCUUGGGACAGGGGCGGGGAAUGAGACGAGGGAUGGUCUGGAGGAAGGAGCUGGCUGGGUGCCGGGGACGGUGAGGGAUAGUCCUGAGACCACUGGGUUGGCGGAAGAGUUCAUCAGCAUCACCGAUCGGGAGGAGGAAGAGGGAGGCAGCGGGCAGGAGCGGGCCCAGCCUGGCUGGCAUCCGGGACCAGUGGGACGUCCGUCUGCACGGACCAAGUACGUGGUCAACAUCUUCAAGCAAGACCUGCGGUCCCUGCCAUGGUUGAAGCACUUCGACAAGUCACAGCUCAAGGCCAUUCAGAAGGCCCUGAGCCGGGAGUUUGCAUUAAUCCAGGGGUCGCCCGGUACAGGGAAGACCUUUGUUGGACUGAAGCUGGUGGAACUGCUGCUACACAACGGGGAGCUGUGGCAGGAGGGGGAGGGGUGCGGACAGGGCAGUCCCAUCCUGGUGGUCUGCAACACCAACAACACCCUGGACCUCUUCCUGGAAGGGCUCCUGGAGACUGACUGCUCCAAGAUUGUGCGCAUUGGGGGCUUUUGCCAAAACAAGAGGCUGCACAACUUCACCCUGGAGAACAUUCGCAGUGCGAGACUGAAGGGGAUGCUGACUCCAGUGCAGAGACGCAGAUUCAAAGAGAUCAAAGAGAAGAUAGAGAAGGUGAAAGCUGACAUCCUGUACUGCUCCAAGAUCCUGGAGCUGCUCCCGCUGGGAAUCCUCGACGAGAAGGAACUGGCCCCGGAAAUGCAGGCUGACAUGAGCACGCUGGGCCUGAGCUCGAUCCCGCUGCGUGAGUCUGUUAGCGGGAUCAUCCUGGAGUGGCUGGAGAUCCCGCAGCACCUGUGGGCAGGGACGGAUGCUGAGAGUGUGGGAGCGGACCAGGAGCAGGCUGGUGCCGAGCACUCCCGAUACUUCCCCUACGUUGCAGUGGCAGCAGCGUUCCCCCUCCCUCAGCAGAUGGCAGCAUCUUUCACGUUGUUGGACGGCGAUGAUGAAGAUGGCUGUGAGCCCGGGGAGAUGCCGGACAGCGCCCAGCAGUGGGCACGGGAGAAGUUUGCUUACGUCCUCGGCGAAAACGCAGGGGACAAGGCGGAGUCGACCAUCCAGAGGUGCCUGUCUGAGCACAGCGUCAUGAGUGUGGAGGAGGUGCAGAAAGUGGGGAGGAUCUGGGACCUACCUAUGGAUCAUCGCUGGCGGCUCUACAGGAAAUGGAGAGCAGCCUACCAGGAGAAACUCAAUGAGGCAAUGAAUGAGAAACUGGAGCAGUACGAAAGCCUGACCCAGCUUAUGUCCGCACUGGAUCUGGAGGAAACUCUGAUGCUGCUGGGAGAGGCUGCAGUGGUUGGCAUGACGACCCCAGCGACGGCGAGGUACAGGACUCUGCUGCAGCGCGUCAGGCCCCGGGUGGUGAUCUUGGAGGAGGCAGCAGAGAUCCUCGAGGCCCAGGUGAUGACCAUGCUCUCGCCCGACUGCCAGCACCUCAUCAUGAUCAGCGACCAGCCUCAGCUGGGACCGAAGGUGGCUGAUCUGGAGCUGGCGGCCGAGACACGCCUCAACGUCUCGCUGUUUGAACGGAUGGUCAGGAACCGCAUCCCCUUCGUGCAGCUCCGGCAGCAGCAUCGAAAGGGACCUGCUGUCUCCCAACGGAAGUUCUACCCCACCCCUGAAGAUCACAGGUCCAUGUCCCACUAGAGGGACUUCAGGGAGGGGGUUGAUGGGCCGAGGGGCCUACUCCUGCUCCUACACCUCUGGUUUCUGUUUCCCCAGGAGGUGGCGACCAACAGCAGUAGAAGGCCGAGGCUCAGAGUGCCAACCCCCCCCCCGGGAGCACAUCGACGGUGGGUAGGUCAGUACUCGUGAUGGAUCGGGCAAUGUCCACCACUCUCUGUAGUCUCCUUCCUUCAUGGCCGUUUGAGUCGCCGAACCAGCCUCUGAUGCAUCAAUCAAUAUUCCCCCCCCACGGUGGCGCAGCGGUAGAGUUGCAGCCUCACAGUCACGGAGACCCGGGUUCGACCCCGACUACGGGUGCUGUCUGUACGGAGUUUGUACGUUCUCCCAGUGACCUGCAUGGGUUUUCUCCAAGAUCUUCAGUUUCCUCCCACAUUCCAAAGACGUGCAGGUUUGUAGGAUCAUUGGCUUGGUGUAUGUGUAAAUUGUCCCUAGUGUGAGUAGGAUAGUGUUAGUGUGUGGGGAUCGCUGGUCGGUGCGGACUCGGUGGGCCGAAGGGCCUGUUUACACGCUAUAUCUCUAAAGUGAACUAAACACAGCACACCUGCAAAAUCUGGAGAGUAUGUGUCCACACUCCGAAUCUCCUCGAUCUUCUAAGUGGAGGUGUCCCCAUCGUAGCUGGGGUUCCUUGGUCAGUCUAUGGAUGUUCCUUCACAGUAGAUGUAGAAUACAAGGACAAAGGACACUCAUUGUCACAUACACCAAUUGGUGCAUUGAAAUUUGAAUUACCAUGCAGCACACAAAUAAGAUAAACACACCACUUUAGAAUUUAACAUAAAACAUAAAAAACAUCCCCCCCCCCCUACAGCGGAAUCAACGUUUCCCACUGUGAGGGAAGGCACCAAAGUUCAAUCCACUUCCUCUUGGUCAUGUAGACCCAUGAACUGCAAAAUAAACCACACAAAGUGCUGGAGGAACAGCAUCCUGUCUGACCCGCUGAGUUCCUCCAGUACUUUGUGUCAUCUUUCUCCACAGUCUAGAGCCUGAUACUAUUUUUAUACACAUAUAUUUUAUAAGUUUAGUUUAUUAUUGCCACGUGUACCGAGGUACAAUGAUAAGCUUUUGUCGCUCGCUAUCCAGUCAGUGUAAAAACUAUACAUGGUUACAGUCAAGCCAUCCACAGUGUACAGACAAAGCACAAGGGGAACAACAUUUGUUUCAAAGAUAGUUCAAAGGGUCUCCAUUGUGGUAGGUGGAAGGUCAGGACCGCACUCUAGUCGUUGAACUAUUCUUUAUCUCUGGAGAAAUGCAAAGUGUACGUAUGUGUACACAUCUUUCUAUUCAUCAAGAGUUUAAUUGUCCUAUGCACCAGGAAUGGAACAAUGACAUCCUUGUUUCCGUAGAUGGAACAACUUGACAAAUGAUUCAUUUUAUUAUUGUUAAUUCUACAUUUAUCGGUCACUCUUAAGGGCUUGUUCCACUUGUCCCGAGUUAUUCACGAAUUCUCCCGAGUUUUCAAACUCGCAGAAUGUUCGUAGCGAGUCCGUAGGAGUCUGUGGAUAUAUCGUAGCGGCUCGUUAUGCCAGCCGUAUGUACUCGGGGCAUCGGGUAAGUCGGGAUGUUUUUUCCAGCAUGUUGAAAAAUGUCCACCAGUAAAAAGAUAGCCCUGAGUACCCACGGCUGACAUAACGAGCCGCUACGAUAUAUCCACGGACUCCUACAGACUCGUUAUGAACAUUCUGCGAGUUUGAAAACUCGGGAGAAGUCGUGAAUAACUCGGGACAAGUGGGACAGGCACUUUUCUACGCUUCGAAGACCACGCCUUAUACGACGCACCCGCGGACUAUUAUAGCGGCCCUGAGUGUCCAGUUUUGGCCAGAGUUGGACUGUGUUCUCCAUCCCUGUGGGGUGGGUGCACUGAGCUUCAGGGUGUGCCUGAGCCACUGGUCUGACAUGGGUCAUCCAGGCACCUGGCAGUGGGAGUACCAUCUUGUUCAUCCAGCCGCGCCCCAACCUGCCUCCGACCAACCAACAGCAAAACCCCGCACUCGCCGGCACGCCCGAGGUAAAAUCCAAACCUACUGGAAGCUCUCGGCAGGGCUGGGCAGUGCCCGUGGAGUAGGAAAGACAAAGUAAUAAGAGUGAAGACACGAGGAACUCCAGAUGCUGGUUUACAACAAAAAAAAACGAUGCACGGUGCUGGAGUAACCCAGCGGGUCAGGCAGCAUCUCUGCGGUAACAUGGAUAGGCGACAUUUACCACCUAAAAGUUCACAAAAUGCCAGCGAGUCGGGGCAACAACGCCGGAGACCAUGGAUUGGGUGACAUUUACCCCUAAAAGGACACACCUUGCUGGAGUUACUCAGCGGGUCGGGGCAGCAUCUCGGGAGUAACAUGGAUAGGAGAUGUUUCGGGUCGAGACCUUCCUUCAGACUGUAGACGUUCCACGUUCUCCAGAGAUGUGGCCUGACACAAAGCAAUGACAUUGUUUCAGCUUGAUGGCACUUUAGCCAAGUAAAGACGGACAGAUUGGAAAAUGGUCACCAGCCUGCAAGAAGUCCUGGCUCCUGUGGGUGCGCAAUAAAAUCAUAGUUGAACCACCA